AACCCGAAUCGACGAUUUCUGAAACAAGUCGAGCGCAGCAAUGCUUCGAAACUCAUCCACUUGUCUCAAGGCCAUAAGUACAGCAACUCGUUUUGCAUCAACUGCUCCAGCGCAAGCUGCUACUGGCAAACGUAUAAAAUCAUUCGAAGUUUACCGUUUCAAUCCCGAAGAACCGGGAGCAAAACCUAGACUCCAGAAAUACGAUGUGGAUUUGGACAAGUGUGGCUCGAUGGUUUUAGAUGCUCUAAUUAAAAUUAAGAACGAAGUCGAUCCAACUCUCACUUUUCGUCGUUCAUGUCGGGAAGGAAUUUGUGGCUCAUGUGCAAUGAAUAUAUCUGGACAAAAUACUUUGGCAUGUAUUUGCAACAUUGAUGAGGACACGUCUAAACCAACAAAGAUUUAUCCUCUUCCUCACAUGUUCAUUGUGAAGGAUCUUGUACCUGACAUGAACUUAUUCUACGCUCAAUACGCAUCAAUUCAACCGUGGUUGCAAAAGAAGAGCAAGAUGACUCUGGGUGAAAAACAGCAAUACCAAACUAUUAAGGAGCAAGAAAAACUUGAUGGAUUAUAUGAAUGUAUAUUGUGCGCAUGCUGCAGUACAAGUUGUCCUUCAUAUUGGUGGAAUGCAGAUAAAUAUUUAGGUCCGGCGGUUUUGAUGCAAGCUUAUAGAUGGAUAAUUGAUUCGCGUGAUGAUUACGCUGCUGAACGUUUGCAGCAAAUGCAGGAUGGUUUCAGUGCUUUUAAGUGCCAUACAAUCUUGAACUGCACCAAGACCUGUCCCAAGCAUUUGAAUCCAGCUCGUGCAAUCGGUGAAAUCAAGAUGCUUCUAACGAAUAUGAAGAGUAAGCCUGCACCAGUUCCAGCACCAGCUAAUUUCUGA